AUGAUGUUUAACAGUUUUGAAGGAUCUAAAACUUGUGUGGCUGCAGACAGCAAUAAAGAUGAAGACUUUGUAGAAGAGUUUAAUAGAGUAAAAACCUUCGCUGGUUUUCCAAGUGAUAGUCCUGUUUCAGCAGCAACACUGGCUCGAGCAGGGUUUCUUUCUGCUGGAGAAGGAGACGCUGUACGAUGCUUUAGUUGUCAUGCAGCCGUGGAUAGGUGGAUGUAUGGAGACUCAGCGGUUGGAAGACACAGGGAAGUAUCCCCAAAUCGCAGAUUUAUCAAUGGCUUUUAUUCUGAAAACAGUGCCACACAACCUACAAAGCCUGGUGUCCAAAAUGGUGAAUAUAGAAGUGCAGACGACCUGGGAAACAGAAAUCAUUUUGCGUUAGACAGACCGUCUGAGACUCCUGCAGAGUAUCCUUUGAGAACUGGACAGGUUGUAGAUACCCCAGACACUGUAUACCCGAAGAACCCUGCCAUGUGUAGUGAAGAAGCUAGAUUAAAGUCCUUUCAGAACUGGCCAGAUUAUGCCCACUUAACUCCCAGAGCGUUAGCCAGUGCUGGGCUCUACUACACAGGUAUUGAUGAUCAAGUGCAGUGCUUUUGUUGUGGUGGAAAACUGAAAAACUGGGAACCUGGCGAUCGUGCCUGGUCAGAACACAGGCAACACUUUCCUAACUGCUUCUUUGUUGUGGGCAGGGAUGUUAAUAAUCAAAGUGAAUUUAAUAUUGUGAGUUCUGAUAGGAAUUUCUCAGAUUCAACAAAUCCUCCAAGAAACCCAGCCAUGGCGGAUUAUGAUGCUCGGAUCAGUACUUUUGGAUUGUGGAGAUACUCAGUUAACAAGGAGAAGCUUGCGAGAGCUGGAUUGUACUGUUUAGCUGAAGGUGAUAGAGUAGAGUGCUUUCACUGUGGAGGGGGCUUAACUGACUGGGAGCCCAGGGACGACCCUUGGGAGCAACAUGCUAAGUGGUAUCCAGGGUGUGAAUAUGUAUUAGAAAAGAAAGGACAAGGGUACAUCAACAAUAUUCAUCUGACCCACUCACUGGAGGAGUCUCCAGCAAGGACUGCUGGAAAAAUACCAUCCCUAUCCCGAAGAAUUCUUGAUCCCAUCUGCCAAAGUCCUGUGCUACAAGAAACUCUGCAAAUGGGAUUCAGUUUCAGGGAGAUUGAGAAAAUAGUGGAGGGAAAAGUACACAGGUGUGGGAGCAACUAUAAAUCACUUGAGGUUCAGGUUGCAGACCUAGUGACUGCUCAGGAAAACAGUCCACACGAUGACUCAGGUCAGGCUUCCUUGCAGCAAGAAGUUAGCACUGAAGAGCAGCUAAGGCGCCUGCAACAGGAGCGGCUUUGCAAAAUCUGUGUGGAUAGAAAUGCUGCUGUUGUUUUUAUUCCUUGUGGACAUCUGGUCACUUGUAACACAUGUGCUGAAGCAGUUGACAAAUGUCCCAUGUGCUACACAGUCAUUACUUUCAAGCAAAAAAUUUUUACAUCUUAA